AUGCCGGGCCACCCGCAGGACUCGCAGCAGGUGCUCUCAGUGCCUGCAGGCGGCGGGCCACUCCAGCCGAACUGCCGCAGCAGGCCCGGCCUCUGGCAGAGCUCACCCCAGGUGCUCUCCGCGCCCGCGGCCGAGCCGCGCCCGGAGCCGUCCCGAGGCCGCGGGCCCGCGGGCGCGCCCGCCCCCGCGCCGCGAUGGAGCCACGCGGCGGCAGAGCCGCACCUGCCGGCAGGCGGCGGCGACGGGCGCGGGGCCUCCGCGCUCUCCGCCGCCGCGACGCCGGAGGCGCCGCUGUCCCCCUCUGCGCCGAGCGCGGGGCCUCCGACGGACGGCGCCGGCGGCAGCAGGGCCGGCGCGCCCGUGGCCUUGCAGCCCGGGGGCCUCGCUCGCGAGGUGCUGCGGGUGUCCGGCGGGGGGCCAGGCCAUCUGCGGGGGAGGCGACCGCCUUCGCCAGCUGCGGCUGGAUGCUCGCAGCCGGGCUCGGGCGACCGCAUCGGGGGCGAGUGCGGGCAGGACGAGCAUGGGGCAAGGUGGCACGGUGGCACGGGCGAGGGUUGCCGCGAGGGCAUGCCGCCAGAUGCUACACAGACAUUCGCGGACCUUCUGAGGCAGCAGGUGGAAGCUGCCAAGCACAUCAUCGUUCUGAACGAGAGGAUCGCAAAGUCCUGCCUGCAGCUCUGCGAGUCUGCCUCGGGCCAGGCGUUUUGCCUGCGCGAACAAGGCAGAAGCGACAGCACGACGAGCAGCUUCCAGCAGAGCGGCCAUCGGCAGCGCGCCGGAGUCGCGACUGGCAUGCCAGCGCGUCCGCGACAGUGGCCGGGACCGCCUGUGGACUCUGGCCUGUGCGGCUCGACGGACGCCAGAGGAGGGGGCGCCCUGCGAGGGCACAGCCCCGACGCCACGCGCCGCGAGGGCGCCAGCCCCUGCGGCGCAGCGACCGCUGCCGCAGCCGCUGGCGCGACCUCGCCGGCCCCUCUGCGCAGCCCGGCUCUGGCCGGCGAGGCGCUCGCGGAGGCGGGGUGCCCGGAGCUGGAGCUGAUGGGGGGCCCCUGCGAGAGCCACGCCGGGGGGCAGCUCCAGGCUGCCGCGCCGGCGGCGCUGCCCUGGGCAGGGCCCAGGCUACGAGCGCCGUCGCCGGCCGACGGCGCGGCCACCCAGCUCCGCAGCGGCUCGGAGCUCUGGCGCCACGUUUCCAGGACCGUGUCCACCGGCUCUGCUGCUUCUGAGGGCGCUCCAGCGCCGCACCACGGCCCGGCGACGCGAGGGGCAGCUUCGCGGGAGGGCGGCCGCGAGAGUCCUGCCACGGCGGUGCCGGGAGGUCCCCUCGCGGCCGAGCGGCUACCCCCCGCAGCCGCAGGUGCCGCCAGGCCUGCACCGCCGGGAGGUGGCCCGUGCAGCGGGAGUGCGGCCGCUCGGGAGCCGCUGCUGUCUGGUGGCCGCUCGGCCGAGCACGCCAGGGCCCAUGCCGGGAUCCGAACGGUGGGCGAUGCAUCUGUGGCUGUGUCGCGCCUCAGGAGGGGAGGCGCUCUCGCCAGCCUCGAGAGGAAGAGGCUGUGCGACAGUGCUGCCAGGAAGCGUCAGAAGAUCGAAGACCUGGCUUCCUGGGAGGGGAGGAUGUACAAGGAUAGUGGGUGCUGUGCUGAGGUGGCAAGGAACUCGAGGUUUCGCUCGCUUGCCAUGGUCGCGGUGUUGCUCAGUACGUUAUGGCUCGGUGUGGAAACGAACUACGCUAAGGGUGCGGAUGAGUCUGCCGUGUGCCAGGUGAUUAAUCGAAUUUUCUGCGCGUUUUUCUUGUUCGAGAUAGCUGUCCGUAUUGGGGCCCUCAAGCAGAAACGCGUCUUCUUCCAGAGCCCGUCUUUCUUGCUGGACAUUUUCUUGGUGCUCGUCAUGAUAUCUGGGAGUCUUGGCUGCAGGCUAUUUUCUCUGCCUUUCUGUACUCGAGUAGUCGCACAACAGCAUCUGGAUUCGGGGGUCAGCUGCUUUCUCUUCGCAUACUUCGCAUCGUGCGGAUCCUGCGUUUCGCCCGCGCUCGCAAGCUGUGGGAGGCCGUGCCCGAGCUCCUGA